CAGACAAAACUCAUCUCCACUCUCCGGCUAUUGAUCCCUCGCCUCCGCCUGCUUCAGAAGAAAGACACCGCGUCCUCUGUCGUACAACGGCGCGAGCUGUCCGCCCUCCUCGAAGAAGGCCGCGACGCCUCGGCGCGCAUCCGCGUCGAGAAUGUGAUCGCCACCGACAUCGCCGUCGAGGUCAUGGAAAUGGUUGAGUUAUACUGCGAGCUACUCCUGGCACGGGCGAACGUUCUCGACCAGAUUGCGUUCGGCGAGAAGGGAGCCCGGGCACGCACCCGCGCAAGAGAGGAAGCCGGCGCACGUGAUGCAGUAGAAGAGUACAUGGAUACCGCUCUGGACGAAGCCGCGCUUUCAGUGAUGUAUGCCUGGUCUCGGUUCCCGCAUGACGUGCGCGAACUCACCAUGCUCCGCACGCAGCUGGCAGAACGGUACGGCAAGGAGUUUCUCCUCCUCGCGCAGGAGAAUAAAGCGGACAUCCGCGUCCCGGAACGACUGGUCAAGGGGCUACGGAUCCAGCCGCCCGCCCCGGAGCUCGUGGAACUAUACCUGCGGGAAAUUGCAAAGGCGUAUGGUGUUGCGUGGCCGAAGGAGGAGUGGGAUGCGGAGAAAGCAAAAAGGGAGGCAGAGGGGAUUCUCAAGAGUCUAGACAUUGAUGAUGACCAUGAUGACCAUGAUAACAACAGAGGAGGAGAUGAGUUGCUUCCGCCUUCUACACCCUCCCGCUCCCGCCCCAGUAUCACUGAGAUGCGCCGUGCCUCUGAAGCAGACGAGCUCAGCAAAGCAACCCCCCCGCGCACGAUCGAGCCAGGCCGCAGCCCCGUCAGCGUGGCUCCUCCCGGCCCGCGGUCGGAUAAUCCCAGCCCGCGCGUCAAGUUGCCUGGGUCUACGCCUGAGGACACGGUGGGACCGCGCGCAAGACGGAGCAGUGCGGGCAUCCCGGAGGUGGAUGAGUUGACGAGACGGUUUGCACAGUUGAGGAGAUAG